CAGGAAGAAGACGCCCAACCGCUCACUGAACCCAUUAUACAACCGGUUCGGCUCAAGAAGUUUUCACACGAAGUGCAAGACUUGCCCACAACUGUCUAUGACUUGGAAUUUAUGACGGAUCUGAUGGACAGCACAGAACUGAUACGAAACGUUGCAUUUGUUGGUCACUUACAUCACGGAAAGACCGCAUUCAUCGACUGUAUUGUAGAGCAAACACAUCCAGAGCUGAAGACCAAAGAAGGAAAAGCGUUUCGUUUUACAGACAUCUUAUACACAGAACAAGAGAGAGGAGUGAGUAUUAAAUCGACGCCAAUAACGGUUGUGAUGCAAGACUUGAAGUCCAAGUCAUACCUAAUGAACAUAAUGGACACUCCGGGUCACGUGAACUUCUCCGAUGAGGUGACCGCCGCUAUCAGACUAUGCGAUGGUAUUGUGCUGUUUGUGGACGCGGCUGAAGGCGUUAUGUUGAAUACGGAGCGACUGCUCAGACACGCCGUUCAGGAGGGUCUGGCCAUCACUGUCUGUAUCAAUAAAAUCGAUCGUUUGAUACUUGAGCUCAAACUUCCGCCGAAUGACGCCUACUUUAAGAUCAAAUAUAUUUUGGACGAAAUCAAUAGUCUUAUUGCGUGA